GCCUGCCCAUUGGACCUGAUGACCUCUCACCUCCUCAGGCAGCAUAAAGGCCGAGCGUCAGAGCACAAGGACCAGCUCUCUCGGCUGAAAGACAAAGACCCAGAGUUCUACAGGUUCCUCCAGGAGAAUGACCAGAGCCUGCUGAACUUCAGUGACUCAGACAGCUCUGAGGAUGAAGAGGAGCAGCUCCACUCUUUGCCAGAUGUGCUGGAAGAAGUGAGUGAGGAGGGGGAAGGUGAAGACGAUGAGGACAACGUCCCCAGAGGACCAAAAGGGAAGAAGAGGGACUUGGCCCCUGUGACCCUCGCCAUGGUUGACAGGUGGAAGCAGGCGGCAAAGCAGCACCUUACUCCAAAGCUGUUCCACGAAGUUGUGCAGGCGUUUCGAGCAGCUGUAGCCACCACCCAAGGAGACCAAGAAGUUUCCGAGGCCAGGAGAUUCCAGGUCACAGAUAGUGCUGCAUUCAAUGCUCUGGUCACCUUCUGCACCAGAGACCUCCUUGGCUGCCUCCAGAAGCUGCUGUUUGGAAAAGUCCCAAAGGAGAACGGCAGGGUGCCGCAGCCGUCUGCCAGCCCACGGUGGGGGAGGCUCCGGCUGGAUGUCAAGGCUUACCUGAGCUCAGUCACACAGCUGGUGGCCUGUGUAGCAGAGGUGACAGUGGCAGCUGCCGUCCUCCGGCACAUCAGCAGCUCUGUGCUCUACUACCUGACCUUCCCCAAGCAGUGCCGCAUACUGCUCAAGAGGAUGGUGGCCCUGUGGAGCACCGGCGAGGAGACGCUGCGCGUGCUGGCCUUCCUGGUCCUCGUCAGAGUGUGCCGGCACAGGAAGGAUGUGCUCCUGAGCCCCGUCCUCAAGCAAAUGUACAUCACGUAUGUGAGGAACUGCAAGUUCACCUCCCCCAGUGCCCUGCCCCUCAUCAGCUUCAUGCAGCGGACCUUGACAGAGCUGCUUGCCCUGGACACAGGUGUUGCCUACCAACACGCCUUCCUGUACAUCCGCCAGCUCGCUGUCCACCUGCGCAAUGCCAUGACCACACGGAAGAAGGAGACCUACCAGUCAGUGUACAACUGGCAAUUUGUGCACUGCCUCUGCCUGUGGGGCCGCGUCCUCAGCACCAUCCAUCCCAGCGAAGCCCUGCAGCCCCUGAUAUACCCUCUCUCCCAGGUUGUCAUCGGCUGCAUCAAGCUGGUCCCCACCGCCCGCUUCUACCCGCUGCGCAUGCACUGUGUGCGCACCCUGACGCUGCUCUCGGAGAGCACCGGCACCUUCAUCCCAGUGCUGCCAUUCCUCCUCGAGGUGUUUCAGCAGGUCGACUUCAAUAGGAGGCCGGGGCGCAUGAGCUCCAAGCCCAUCAACUUUGCUGUGGUCCUGAAGCUGUCCAAGGUUAACCUGCAGGAGAAGGCAUACCGGGAUGGCCUGGUGGAACAGCUGUAUGACCUCACCCUGGAGUACCUGCAGGGCCAGGCCCACAGCGUCGCGUUCCCCGAACUAGCUCUGCCUGCCGUCCUGCAGCUGAAAUUCUUCCUCCGGGAGUGCAAGGUGGCUAACUACUGCCGGCAGAUGCGCCAGCUGCUCGAGAAGGUGCAAGAGAAUACAGAGUACAUCAGUAGCCACCGCCAGGGGGCCCCCUUCAGCGUGGCUGACCAGCAAGCUGUGGACGCCUGGGAGAAGCAGACCAGAGAGGAGGGGACUCCUCUCACCAAGUACUACAGCCAGUGGAAGAAGCUGAGGGACAGAGAGAUUCAGCUGGAGAUCAGUGGCAAAGAGCGGCUGGAAGACUUGAAAUUCCCAGAGAUAAAGCGGAGGAAGGUGGGGGACAGGAAGGACGAGGACAAGGUAGAAUUCCAGGGCCUCUUUGACAUGGACAGUGAUGAAGAGGACAGUACCUUGGACUUCGAGAGAGGGACGCCCGGGUCCCUGAGAGCUCGGCAGAGGGUGGAAGAGGAGGAGGAAGAGGAUGAUGGUGGCAGUAGUGGCCACGAGGACGAAGCCAGCAGCUCAGAGGAUGGAGGCCCAGACACAGGGGCAGGGCUGGACCGCGCGGAGCUGUGGCAGCUGGCCCAGGGGCCGGAGGACGAGCUUCAGGACCUACAGCUGUCCGAGGAGGACUGAGGGCUGCUCUGCAGCCUCCAUCUCGGUGGGCAGUCGGGCAUGCAGCUUUUGGCUGGUGCUGAGCCCAGAGGCCCUGAGGCCAGUGCCCGUGCCAUGGGGAAGGGUGGUGGAUGUUGGAUGGGGCUUCAUUCUUACAACAUAAAAGAUCGGAAGUACCGAG